GGGAGGGGUGAAUGAGUUGAGCUGCAGGAAGCUUGUUCAGCCAUGUUAGUUUUCUCUAGUGUUCACAAACGAUGAGAGAGAGGAGCCAUGGCCUUGUCACUGAGCGGAGACGAUGAGGAAUAUGAUUCAGAGUCUGAGCAGCAGCGGGCGGCCAACCGGCCGAAGCCGAAGGUUGGGACGUCGGCGGCGGCCAUCAAGCUGCCGUCCAAUCGCAGCUCGUCGGGAGCGAGACGCAGGAGGACGCGAUGCCGGAAGUGCGAGGCGUGCGUCCGGACCGAGUGUGGAGAGUGUCACUUCUGCAAAGACAUGAAGAAGUUCGGAGGGCCGGGGCGCAUGAAGCAGUCCUGCAUCAUGAGGCAGUGCAUUGCACCGGUGCUGCCUCACACGGCGGUGUGUGUGGUGUGUAAGGAGGCCGGGAAAGAGGACACACUGGAGGAAGAGGAGGAAAAGUUCAACUUCAUGCUGAUGGAGUGCUCCAUCUGCAACGAGAUCGUCCAUCCCAACUGCCUGAAGGUAAACGAAAGGAGAGCAGCGCUGGGAGCAGUGUCUCUGACAAGGGGGAGUCGCAUGUUAACUGGGUCACAGAAACUCAUAGUACACGACGACCUGAAGGAGAUGUUGGACAGCAACAAAGACUCGCUGAAGCUGGAGGCGAUGAAGCGCAUCGUGGCUAUGAUCGCACGUGGAAAAAAUGCAUCUGAUCUCUUCCCUGCUGUGGUGAAAAAUGUGGCCUGUAAAAACAUUGAGGUGAAGAAGCUGGUGUAUGUUUACUUGGUGCGUUACGCAGAGGAGCAGCAGGACCUCGCUCUGCUCUCCAUCUCCACCUUCCAGAGGGGGUUAAAGGAAAAGUCAGAUGAUCCUUAUUACUCCAAACUCCUACAUCAUAUAAAGACAGAAGAGGAGGACGAAGACCCCUAUGAGGAGGAGGAUGAAGAAGGCAGGGUGCCUCACUUCAGGGGAGGUGUAGAAAGGAGAGGGCGUUUUGGGGACCCUGAAGACGAAGCAGAUGAGAGGGACUCCAGGAGUGCACUCUUGAACCCCUCCGUUAAAACUCCUUUUGGAGACAGUGACCAGUCGCUCUGCAGCUCCCCGCAGGCCGGCCCCAGCAGCGAGGGCGGCAGUGAGACCCAGGAAAAGGGUCCGCGUCGCAAAGCCCGCCGGAAGCGCCGUGUACCCAACAGAGAGCUGAGCCGGGAGCUGAGCAAAGCCCUGAACCAGGAGAUCCAGAAGACGGAGGACUGCCUGGCCAACGAGAACCGGCAGCCCCUCAAGGUGGAGCCGCAGACGGAGAACGAGGAACCCCAGAGGCUGUUCCGCAACGAGCUGGGGGAUCAGAGGCCCCACCUCAAGAACAAAGAGAUGAACGGGACCCCCUGGGAGCUGCGCCACUUCUACCCCAGUCAGAUCACCCCGCUGGGCUUCAACAGGAGCACCCCCACCAACCGGCCCGUGCCCCCACACUCCCCGCCCAAGUGUGUCCAGAUGGAGCGGCACGUGAUUCGGCCGCCCCCGAUAAGCCCGCCCCCCGACAGACUGCCGCUGAAAGACGGGAAAUCCCACGUCAUUCAGCGAGAGGUGUGGAUGAAGAUCUUCGGAUACCUCACCCACCAGGAGCUGUGCGUCUGCAUGAGGGUCUGCAAGACGUGGAACCGAUGGUGUUGUGAUAAGAGACUCUGGACGAUGAUCGACCUGAACCGCUGCACCUCCAUCACGCCUCUCAUGCUGAGUGGGAUUAUCCGCCGGCAGCCGGGCUCCCUGGACCUCAGCUGGACCAACAUCUCCAAGAAACAAUUGGGCUGGCUUAUAAACAGAUUGCCAGGUCUUCGGGUGUUAAAGUUGUCGGGGUGUUCCUGGGCGGCGGUCUCUGCGCUCUGCACCUCCAGCUGCCCUCUGCUGCGCACCCUGGACGUCCAGUGGGUAGAGGGGCUCAAAGACGCUCAGAUGAGGGACCUCCUCUCUCCCCCCACAGACAACAGACCAGGUCAGCUGGAUAACCGCUGCAAGCUGCGGAACGUGGAGGACCUGCGCCUGGCGGGGCUGGACAUCACCGACGCGUCUCUACGCCUCAUCAGCCGGCAGAUGCCCUCUCUCUCCAUGCUGGACCUGAGCUACUGUAACCACAUCAACGACCAGUCGGUCAACCUGCUGACCGCCGCCGGGACCACCACCAGGGACUCCCUAACAGACAUCAACCUGUCAGUUUGUAACCGGGUCACAGACCAUUCCCUGAACUUUUUCAAGCGCUGCGGCAGCAUCUGUCAGAUCGACCUGCGCUUCUGCAAGCAGGUGACGAGGACGGCCUGCGAGCGCUUCAUCGCAGAAAUGUCAGUGAGCGUGCCGUUCAGACUGAAAGAGGACAAACUGCUGCAGAAGGCCAGCUAGUUAUUCCUAACAACCAAUAAAAGACUUUGCACUUAAUGGAACAAUAUUUUUCUUUGUAAACUGCUCCUGUGAUAAGUCUCUGAAUCGAUUUAAAGAAACUGAAACGAGACGGAUUCCGGAGACACAUUCACUGGACAGAAAAAAGGAUGCAUGCAUUUGUGUUGCGAUUAUACUUUUUUUUAAAGAUGUGUUUAUUUGUUGGGUUGUUUAUUUUUAUUCUUUAAAUAUUUGAGAACACAGUAUUUUUAUACAAGCUUCACUUCACAGAGUUUACUCAACAUGUCUCAGGAGCUGAGAAUCACAGAGAGACUGCAUGGCAUGUGAACAGAGAAAAUAUCCCCUUCCUCACUUUGCCUUCAUACGACCAUAUCUUCUACGUGUCAACAUCUGUAUGUGACUUUAAUGGAACUUCAGUAUCGAGACAAAAAAAGAUGACCUGUACAGAAAUAAAUAUCUGAUUAAAUUAUCAUUACUUUUUCUCAAAUAUUUAGAAUGUAUUUCAAAACGACGAACAUAUUUCCUUUCACACCCUCAUGUCUUCACUUAUCUUAAUACUUUUAUAAAUUGUUGAGUGUUGUGUUUGACAUUUCAACAUUAAUUUAUUGAUUUUGUUUUUUUAUUACAGUUUAUAUUUAUUCAUUUAUUCAAUAAGUUGACAUUGAUGCCUCAGAACCGGAUCAAAUAAUGCUAGCUAAUAACUUAUCGGGUUAGUUUGAGCCUGUUGGUGGAGUUUAACACACAGUCAGUGGCAGGAAGUUGACAUUAAUACAAUGUGAAAUGACUUUACCUGAAUGACCUGCCACUGACUGUAUGACACAGUCAGCCUCACACAUCUGGCCACAGGCUUAAGAAAGUAUUGUGCAAAUAACUUAUUUGCAUAAUGUUUAAAUAAAAGCUCCAUACAGUAGGUGUCGUGUGUAUUUUGGGGUGUUGUGCUGUAAUCAAUCACCUGAGGUGAAUGUGAUCAUGUUUAUAUUUGUAAAUCCAAAAACUAUGCUAAUAUGCAUUAAAAUAAUUUCAUUUGUAUCAUCACCGAGUCUUUCUUGAGUCCAUUUAUUUCAAUAUAUCUGCAAUAAAUACUCACACUUUCCCAUAAAGCUUCAAUAACAUUAAACGGAUCUUUCCUUCUUGGGGAAAUGUAAAGUCAUAUUUAAAUGGGUUUUUCAGCGCUGGAGCUAAAUUAAGAAAGGUCUUUGGCCUUCUGUUUUUUAAUGCAGGACCGAACAACUUCUACAUUUAAAACGACAUUAAUUCUGCACAGAAAUAAAGCUCAACGUCGAGGCAGUGAAUACAAGUGGAAAUCCUAUUUUUUGGGGCGUUUUGGAUUAUGUAUUUUUAAUUAAUAUGAUCACUUUAGAACUACUUAUGUGAAUACAUGUUUGCAAAAUGUCCUUCGGUUCUUGCGAUUUUCUAUCGGUUUUCUUUUAGUAUACAGAGUACCACAUUUCAACCUGAUCCAGUAGGUGAGGCUGAGUGACGCUCAGAAUACAUCUCUCUGAAAAUGCAUAACCAAAAGGUCAGUCAGUACACUGCUUUGUUCCAGAAUGAUGCAUAUAUCUUGACAUACAUUUUAUAUCAUUUUGUAAAUAUAUUCCUGCUCCCCAAAUAAUUAAAUGUUACAUACUUUGGUGAUGCAUCGAUUGUUGUCCUGGUUUGUUUAAAAUGUCUCUACAUUACAGGAUGGAUGGUGUUUUAAGCGAUUCUUGCCCCGACAAGACAAUCUGUAAUCAUUUGGAUCUCGUAAAGUACCCUUAAACAUAGCACCAUCUUCAGGUGGUAAUGCUCGAUAAAUAUUUUUAGAACACCUUAAAUUUGACAAGCCAAAACCAGUAAAUAUUUGGUGUUUUUACCUUACUAAACAACUUCAAAUUAUUACUCAAUUAUCAAAAUAUAAUUAUUUUUGUGUGUGUUGAUGAAUUCAUUUCAUUAUUUCAGCAAUUCAUAUUUGAUCUAAGAUGGUUAAAGGGAAACUGUCGGUGAUGCACGAGUAUACAAAAACAGGCUUUAAAUAAAAUCUUUAAUUACCAAAAUAAAAAGUUCAACAUCCCCAAAUACAAAGACUUGCACACUAUUCGACCCUCUCUAAAGGAAAGAUGCUCCUGCUCCGCUGCUGCUAAUGAUUUUAGGGACAUCUUUACUCUAAGAGCAGCAAUGUUGACUUUGUCUGGGUACUUCUAAAAUGUGCAGGAGUAGAGGGGGAGAAUGUGGAGAAGAUGGGGAAUAACAUAACCAGCGUCAUACGGUUCUCAUCAUGCUCUGGUUUAAGAGGGACAGAUCAUUCAAGCUAUGCAGAUUAAACACAUUUCAAAACCACUUGACAGAAAAACGUUACUCUGAUAUAAUAAACCCAACCCCAGUGACAUUUCAAUAAUCUGAUAUUACACCGUUCAAAUCAAAUGGAAAAAAUAGAUAUUUACAUCUCAUAUGGAUCAUUAUAUGCAAAUAUACAUUAGCAAGUCAUUAUUUUGUAUAUACUUUUCUAUACCACAGUUGUCAGUAAACUUGGAGCUAUAUCUUUGAAAAGUUAGUAUGAGAAAAAAAAAAACUAAAAAGCACUUCAUUCCACUCCAAACGAUGUACAACAACAAAAAUAACAAACAUUCAGUUUCACACCGACAGUUCAGCUGGAAACAGGAAGAUGGUUGGAGGAGUUAGCACCGGUUUUUGUCUUUCAACUAAAAAGCUGCUAAGACAGAAGCUACAGCCGAGGUUAGCUAUUGCUGUAAGAGACUUUGUAUGACGGUUUAAAUGUGUAAUGCAUUGAGAGCUGCAGCGAUUAAUGAAUUACAUAACUUUCGAAAAAAAAAAUGUAAACUCAUUUGAAUAAUGGUAAAAGUAAUUUUUGCAUGCCAUUAUGGAUUUUUAGCUUCUUAAAUAUAGAGAUUUACUGCAUUCCUCAGUUUUAUCCCAUAUUAAAAACUUAAUAUAUUUGGGUUUUGGACUCACACAAUAAGACAUUGUAUUGUGUGAGUCCAACACAAUAAUUUUCUGACAUUUUAAAGCCCAAACAAUUAAUCAAGAAAAUAAUAGGCAGACAAAUGAACAACUAGUUGCAGCGCUAAGUGCAUUAUUCUGCGCCUCUAAAACAAUAAUAAUUCAAUAUAAUUAAUAAUGCAUUGAUUCCAUCAGUCAAGACUGCAUAGCACUUGCCCAUUUCUAGGCUGAGUAACACUAGGUUUUACUUCAAAAGAAAAAACAAGCUCAGUUAUUUCUAAUUUGAUCUUUUUUUCAACUGAUAAACAAACAAAUUAAGUAGCCUUUAAACUUCAUCUCACAAGGUUUCCAAGAAUCAGUACACAUGUUACUUCAGCCAUUGUUAUUGGUCAUAGUUUAGAGACUGUUGUGAGCGGUGGUGCAUUAACACAGUGUGAACAAAGUGCUGAAAAAUCAACAUCCGCACAUGCUGACACCCACACAGUGGAGGGGGGAGGAAAUGGGUGACAGGCAUAGAGCAACACCCAUUAUUUGGCACCUUGUUCACUCACCCUCUGUCCUGUGGUGAGGUUCAGUUUGCUUCUGUCCUCGGUGUUUCUAUGAUAUGUAUUGACGUGCAGCAGUCGUAAAGAAGCUACAGCUUAUAGGCAGAUCUGAGGGUGAUGCGUUGUGUUAGACAGGACUACAAGUGGCUGAGUGCCACACAUUCUUUGCUUUGAGAAACUGUAAGAAAA